AUGUCGCUUCGCGUUCUGCAGUUCGAGACUGUUGGUGGCUGGGCGGCACCGGGCAGCACGUGUCAAAAUGCAGCUCCAAUUCAAGGUUUGUCUGCCAGGCAGCAAUUCGAGUCCAGCUUGACCCAGCAGCGUCUUGACUGCCUUUUAUGUGGCGAGCAGCGCUUUUGCCACCAGCGAAGCAUCACGGAGAAUGUCGAAGAGACCUUUGCGGCAAACUUGUUGUGGGGCACCUAUCUGUUGGGCACUCUGGCAUUACCUCUGUUGCAACUGAGCAACGGGCGGCUCGUCGUUGUGAGCAGUUGGGAGAUGUACGCGACUGCGCUCCCGGCAUUGCCCCAGCUUACCUCAGAUGGCAAGGCUGAAGCUGUGCUGACAUGGUGCGUGUGCCAUGCAUGUCCACCGGAUUCGUCGGCUCAGGAAAGAGUUAAUGCACUAGAUGCUGGCAACUGCCCGGUGACCAAAUUGCGACCCGCUUUGUGGAAUGGGCGUGUCUGCGCAUAUGUGGAUCGCUGUUUCUGCAGCUGCAUGAGCAGCACGAUGGCCGACCAGAUCUUACUUGAUUUGAGCUGUAUUUCCUCGACGAUGUGGGGCUACAAUGAAGAGGGAAACCGAGCCGCACAUGGGAUGCCUCCAGAGGUCGAAGGUCGCGAGGGUGGCCGGCAAGGGGGCCGUGGACCUGCACCAGGCUCCGCCUGGGUGAAGUUCCGGGCCACGCAGGUACUUGGAGGCAGUGCAGCUGGAAUUUUCUCUUCAACUCCGCCUGAAUUUGUUCAGAAGGACAACUCAAAUCAGGAAAGAGAGGCUGAAGAGGUCGAGGCCGUAGCCUGCCGCUUCGGUGACCUGACGUGGAAGCAGCAGGGGGUGCCACCGCCGGACUUCUCGGUCAUCAAUGAUGAUGCUGGUCCGUCGGUUAGAGCAGAGUUGUCUUUGUUCACGAGGCACGGACCGGAAGGUGUGCAUGAAUCGCGCGUGCGUGGGCCCAGGCGCAAGACCGUCCCAGAGGCUCGAAAGGAUGGAAGCCAGCUGCUGCGGGUGGCUUUUGCCACAAAUGGCAGCCGAGCAGACAUCAAGUCGAAGAUCGCCGAACUAGAGGUGACCCAGUGGUCGGCCGCUGACCUGCUUGGAGAGGAUGUGGAUGAGGGGGCCGAGCGACGUCUUCCAGAAUUCACGACCGCCACACAAGCUGAGAAGUUCAAAGAGCAGGAGAAGAGUGUGUCUUCUCUGCGAGAAUGGAUCUAUGCAAAGAAGGAAGAGCAGCUCGAGAACUUCCAGCCCUCUGGACCGAGCUGGUCACUCGCUGGUCAAGCCAUGGCGGUUCCGAGACUGCCAGGCGUGUGGUACGUGCACGAGCGGCAGCAAGAGGGCGGCCGACCCCUCCCGUGGCUGUUUUUCAAUGCUUCAUCGGGGAAGUAUUACCGCCGAGUCCACGGCACAACAGGAUCGUGGGUUCAAGCUGGUACUCCGCACAAUCCGAUCUCAGAGCCGAUCACAAUGCUGACCAGCGUGCUUUGCCAACCAGCUGAGGGUGGUCGCAAGGACGACUUAGCUGUGGCACUUGUGGACCUACCUCGCACAGCACAAGCCCUCAAACAGCCUGUGCCCUUCAUCGACAAGCCCGCUUCGCUUUUUGUCAUGGUGGAUGGCUUGAGGAGCAGCUCCGUGGCCUCGGAGUUCUGUGCGAAACGCUUCCACUCGCAGAUUUUGCCACGGUUGAGCUGCAGGUCGGAUCCGCUAGAAGAUCAUGAGCUGGUGGCCAUCGUUCAGGACAGCCUGGAGUCCUUGGAUUUCGCGUUGCUGGAAAGCACAGCCCGGUACAGCGGUUGCGGCCUGGCCGUGGCACUGUUGAUGGGUCGCAGGCUGGUGGUGGGCACGUUGGGUGACUGCCGAGUCUUCCUCUGUACAAGAGGGUUUCCAGCGAAAGGUUCCACUGCGAAGAGGCCUGCUGGUUGGGAGGCGCGGCAGCUAGCCAAUGGUGAAGAUGCGCGUGCAGCUUCUGCCAAGCGCCUGUCGGAUGCCUAUUCGCGGCUUGAGCCCGGCCCGCUUCGAGCUUCAUCAGCAAGCCCGGAGCUGCUGGCUUCGCAGCCGAAUGAUGUGGAGAGGGCGCUUCUGCGCAUUGACGCCGCCGCGCAUCCGUUUGCUGCACUUGGUUUGUCGGUGGCUGCUUGUCAGGGUGGUAUUUCAAGCCUUCGGCAAGCAGUCGCAGAUUGCGAAGCUGUUCUGACUCCGGCACUGUCCGCUGACGGUCAGCAGGACCGUGCAAGGCGAGCACUCUCAAGAGUGCAAGAAGCAGCCGCCGAAGUCGAAUCCUUCAUGGGAAUGGAUGUUUAUGUCACACAGAUCCUUGCAGAGCUGUACUACCUCAUUGACGAGGAGGGGGGCAUUCCUUCUCCGAAGCGUGCGGCGGCCCUUUUAGGUGUUGAGCCAGGCUGCGGAGAGGCAGCCGCUCAAGCUGGCAUUGACCGGCGUUACCGGGCUUUGCUUGCACAGCUAGCUGCUGUGAGUCCGGGUCACUCACAACGAGCAUUCCGAGUCCUGGCAGAGCUAGCAGAUGCCGCGGCACGUCCUUCAACUCCGCCGUUGUGGAUACCUAGUGGCGAUCGCUCGGUGAGAGUGACAAGAUCCCUUGGUUUUCGGGAUCUCAAGCGGCCAAGGCCACUCGUCGGCCUGGAGCUUUCGUCCGAGAUUGUCCGGUUGGAUGAUGGGCCGCAGCUCCUGGCGCUUCUCUCAGACGGCGCUCGUGGUCUCAGCGAGCAGCGGUUGGCCGAGGUGGCAGCGGUCCACCACAGCCGACCUAAAGCGGCUUCGAUGCGCAUUGCUGCUGAUGCCGCUUCUUCAGCGCAACCAGGUGAAGCAGUUGGCGUGAUUGCAGCUGCCUUGCAGGUUGGUACUGAAACGGAGAGCAAUCCCGCUGCUGAUGCCAAGGGGCCUGAAGCCAAAAAGCGGAAGGUGGAACACGUUACGCCUGGUGGCAAGCGCAAAGUUCGCGUUGCCUCCCUACUGCUGAAGUACGCCGGAGUCAGCGAAGCUGACUCCUACGCACGGCGCAAGGCUCCGGCAAAUCGCUCACAGGUGGAUGCGGAAAAGCAGCUUUUACAGGUCCUUGAGGCUUUGAGCCAGGAUGCCAAGACUGGAGAAGCAAAGGACCUUGGCCUCCGAUUUGCGGCCAAAUGUGAAGCUCUGUCGGACUGCAAGUCUGCAACGAACAAGCCUCACGCAGAUCUUGGGUGGGUAUUGGAAGGCCAAUUCGGCAAAGAUUUCGAUGCGGUGGCCUUCGAUUUGGAUGUUGGCGGCUUGAGCGACAUCUUCACCACAGCUCGAGGGGAGUACGAUGGCUUUCUCGCCUUUGCCUACACAAAGCGAGCCCAGGUGCUUCUUUGCGAACACUGGGCCACGGAGUUUCCGGAAGUGAAAGCUGUCAGCUGCCACCCAGGAUGGGUCGAAGACAGGCUAUCACACGACAUGUACGGAGAAAGUGCCGUGCUAUUGGAGCCAAUGCGUGAUGCUUGGGCAGGUGCCGAGGGCAUCGCGUGGCUGUGCACUACGGCAUCUCGCAACCUCGUUUCAGGUGCUUUCUACUUGGACAAGGAACCACAGAGCAAGCACCUUGCAGGCCCCUUCUUCUCCGAGGGCACAGCAACUCACAACAGCAGCACCGAUGUUCACCUCUUCCUUGUGUGCUUGCAGGAAUGGAGCCAUGGCCAGCGAGUGGCGACAGUGCGGCGUCCUGCAAAGAGUGGCUUCCCUCCACUGCAAGAUGCUGCUGUCACAGAUGGCUCUCGGUUUCAGCUCAACAAGUUCAUGGGCUUUUGGUAUGUCCUCUGGCACAUUCCCAGUACUUUGGACAAGGCGUGGUCUAACAUCGUCAGGGAUUACAAGCUGGACGCAUCGCAGUCGGUGGUCACGGCCCGCCAGAUAAGUCGCGAGGGUGAAAAACGAAUCAUUCACGAGGAGCACCUGGCAGUGAUGGGGUCCCAAUCUGAGUUUCAGCGACAGCCGCAAGUGGGAGCGAGCUCGAGGCUGCUUCCUCGAUACGUGGUGCUUUAUUGCUCUGACAAUGCCAAAGUUGGAAUGAUGGGCACAAGUGAUCGCAGCAAGCUGUGGAUAAUGUCGCGAGAGCCAACUAUGGAGCCGCAAAGUCUGCAAAAGCUUCGUGAACAUGCCAAGAAGUUCGGCUUCAGGCUGACUGACUUGAUCUCGGUGCCGCAGCAGUGGAGACAGGACAAGGCUUCGAAGCAGAACGACCCAGGGUGUUGUCCCCGUGUGUGA